AUGGAUGCAGGUAGUCCACAUUUUGGAAUUGCUGUUAAUCAGCCUAGUAGACCUCCUGUGAAUCAGAGUAAUGUGGGUUCUAACCAAGGUGUUGCUGUGAAUCAGCAACAACAGCAACAAUUGAAACAGAAAAUGUUGAUACAACAGCGUACUGUGCAACAGAAGAAACAACAACAGGCAAUGCAGAAUUAUGAAACUCAAUUUUAUCAAUUAUUAAUGACAUUAAAUAAAAAACCAAAGAGGCUUUAUAAUUUUGUUGAGGGAACAGAUUUGAUAUUGAAGAAAUACGAACAAUAUAGACCAAGUUUUGAAUUUCAUAUUUAUGAAAAUAAUUAUAAGAUUUGUGCACCUGCAAAUACAAGAUUGCAACAGCAACAAAAGGCUCCUGAAUUAUCUACCGAUGGUUUGAUUUUGAAUAAGAAUAAUGAAACUUUGAAAGAAUUUUUGGAAUAUGUCGCAAGAGGAAGAAUUCCUGAAUCGAUUAUGGAAGUGUUGAGAGAUUCAAAUAUUCAGUUUUACGAAGGUAAUUUGAUUCUACAAGUAUAUGAUCAUACAAAUACUGUUGAUAUUGUGGUACCCAAUGAUAACCAGGAUGCAAAUAGGGAUAAAAGACAGAACCAAUCACCAUCGAAAUCAAAUUCAGGUUUGAGUGUAUCACAAGAAAACAUUUCAUCGAAUAUUGUAACUAGAACCACACCUGUUUCCUCCAAUACCACAACGGCAUCAACAGCGUCGGCAGCAAAUGGAAGUUUGCCCAACGCCAGUUCUCAAAACACGGUAAGUUCAGUUAAUACAAAUAGAGAGCAAGCUGGUGUGCAAAAAGACGACCAGACCUCUUCAAUAACAAAUGUAGAUACUGGCGAGAAAGGUCAGAACAAUGCUGCAAAAAAUGCUACCACAUUUAAAAGACCAAGAGUAUAUAGAACGUUAUUAAGACCCAAUGAUCUUACGUUUUAUUAUGAUAUGAUGUCCUACUCUGAUCAGUCAAGGUUUUCAGAUAAUAUUUACCAACAAUUGGAAUCUGAAGUUUUGGCAAUGACGAAAAGAAAUAUUUCUCUGGAAGUUCCGUUGGAUCCUUAUAAAUAUCGUGACAUCCUAGAUCCUGAGCUAUUUAUUGGACCAAAACGUGAUAAAAAAUCAGGAAAAAUUAUCCAUCAACAUCGUGAAGAAUCUAAAAAGGCUGGUACUAAAGCUGUGGUAGGGCAUGUUGAACAACAUGAAGAAGUACCUCAAAAUAGCACGAACUAUGAACAGAUGAUGUUGAUUUUAAAUGAGAGUACCACAACUUCAACGAACUCGACUUUAGCUGUGUCUUUAACAAAGAAGGCAUUACAAGCUUCCUCUGCUAAUAACAAGUCAGGCUCAGGAAGAAAUCAAUCACCUGUUGAAGAUGAUUAUGGUGACAGUAAAUUAAAUGGUCCAUCUGGGGUUGGUAAUGGAUCUAAUAGUCCUGGAAAUAAGGUAUCAAUAGCCGCCGCUGCCGCUGCUGCUGCAGUGGGUGCGAAUGCCCGUAAUGAAAAUAACCAUUUCAACAGAGUCAAAUUCAUCGAGCAAUGGAGAAUCAAUAAAGAAAAAAGACAACAAUCAAUGAGUAAUAAUUUAUCACCAAACUCAUUCAAUACAAGAAUAUCUAUGACUACUCCUAUAAACCCACAACAACAAGCAUUACGUCAACAGCAAAUGUUGCAACAACAACAGCAACCACAGCAGCAACAACAGCAACAGCAGCCACAGCAGCAGCAAAAGGGUAAGGGAGCAAACAAAAGAUCAGCCAGUAACACUGCUGAUAAACCAAAAACUAAAAAACCACGUAAAAAUGCUAAGAAAGCUCAAGGUGAAACAGCAGCUCCUAGAAAGAAACGGGCUCCUAAAAAGAAGCAAAAUGAGACAUCUAAAACCACUUGA